AUGACUAAUGAAUCCAUAGCCGAUGCAGCUCUCAACUCUAGUUUCCCCACAAAAGUGAUCAUUCAUGGAUACAGAAUUAAUCUAGGGAAAAGCGGACCUGGAUUUAUAAUGAAAGAUGAGUUCAUGAAAAACGGACUGUUCAAUGUGAUUAUUGUCAACUGGUCAGAAAAUAACAAACCUCCUUACUAUCAAGCAGUUGCGAAUGCCCGAGCUGUUGGUGCGCAGGUUGCGAAACUACUAAAUUUACAUGUAAAUCAUAAAGGACUAAAUCCUGAUGAUAUUCAUAUCAUUGGACAUAGCUUAGGGGGCCAGAUAGCUGGAUGGAUUGGAGAAAGGAUUCCAAAUUUGGGCAGAAUUACAGGUUUAGAUCCGGCUGGUCCAUAUUUCCAAGAUGCAGAAAGAGAAGCUAGAUUGGACGAGACGGACGCAAAAUUCGUUGAUGUCAUUCAUUCAAACGGAGGAAGUUACGGAAUAGGUGCUGCAAUAGGCCAUAUCGAUUUCUUCCCGAAUGGAGGUAGGAGUCAGCCAGGAUGCCGUAACAUAGAUUUCAACAACACGAAGCACGAUUUUCUUGCCGGAACAUUUAUUUCCGAUUCCUGUUCACAUAGCCGAGCAGUUGAUUAUUUCACCGCCUCUAUCAACCAGUGUGAGUUUUUGUCGAACUACUUGUGGACAUCGUCAUUGAAGGAUACAAUGAAAGUGGUGAUUUUAUUUAUAGGAUGCAUUGUGGGAGUCGUAUAUGCGAUAUUUCCUGAUUUGGGAAAUAUUGUGCCGGAUCAACUGAAUCCUUUGAAUAUCGUUUUUCAGAACAAAUGCAUAGAAGAUUUGGGAUGCUUCCACACUGGUCCACCGUUCUUCCACCCCUUAAACCGACCAAUCAGCCUCACUCCAACAGAUAAUUUAAAAACUAAAUUCCUACUCUACACUCCUUCCAACAUCCAAGAAGAGCAAGAAAUUGUUGCAACAUCCGAGUCGAUAAACAAUUCUUCAUUUGACCUUAGUUUACCAACAAAAGUUUUGAUUCACGGUUUCAGGUCUGACCUUGACGUGGAAGACAUCAGAUUCGAAAUGAAAGAUGCUCUUCUGUCUGAAGGUCAAUUCAAUGUCAUCGUUGUCGAUUGGACUGAAAAUAAUGGAUUUCCUUACACACAAGCAGUGGCAAAUGCUCGAGCUGUUGGUGCACAAGUGGCGAAGUUGAUAAACUUCCUUCGGGAAAAUAAAGGUAUUCAAGCAGAGAAUGUACACAUUAUUGGUCACAGCCUUGGAGGUCAUGUAGCUGGUUAUGCUGGAGAAAGAAUACCAAACUUGGGCAGAAUUACAGGCCUUGAUCCAGCAGGACCUUUGUUCCAAAGUGGAGAUAAACAGGUUCGACUGGAUGAAACGGAUGCUAACUUUGUGGACAUUAUUCAUUCAGAUGGAGGAGAAAAUGUUGUAGAUGGUUUAGGCCUUGGCGAUCCCAUUGGUCACAUUGAUUUUUAUCCAAAUGGUGGAAGAAGACAACCAGGCUGCUCUUACACUUCUGAAAGUAAUUCAACCGUUGGAGCUGUCGUAAAUAUUACAACCAAGUAUUUAUCAAAUGGCUGUGACCACGAACGAGCAAAUCAAUACUUUUUAGAGUCCAUCAACAAUCAAGACUGUCGAUUUCUGGCAGUUCAUUGCCACAGCUACGUGGAUUAUGAACAAGGCUUGUGUCCUCCAGAUGACCUCUCUGUACUAGAAAUGGGAUUACGUGCUCACCCGGUUGAAGGACUACCAAUCAAAUCGAAGUUUUUCCUCAGGACAAACGACAAGUCACCAUUUUGUAUUGAAAACAGUAUUCGCAUAUAGAUUUCGCUGUAUGUUUGAUGCCUUUACUGAACUCUUUAAAAACAAAUAAAAAUGUGCCAUUUUGCAACUAUUAAAAUGCAAUGUAAAAAUGCUAAAGAUCUUUCCGAAAAUGCUAUUGAGAAGUUUGCUGAAAAACGUUUACAGAAACAAAUAAAUGAGUAGUGUUUUCUGACAGAAGCAUAAAUUAUGGUAAAAUAA